AUGGCGGCCACAACUGGAGAGACGUUUGAGGAUAUUUACGACUACUCCGUCACGAAGCACUCUGAAUUCUUCGACUUCGCAUUCCGGCAUUUCAAUUUUGUACAUGAUGGAACGUAUUCGGAAGUCGUAAACAAAUCGGCUCUAAUCGAAACGGUACCAGAGUGGUUCAAAGGCGUCAAUGUCAACUUUGCGGAGAAUCUGUUAGGGAAGGAGGAUGACAAGAUUGCAAUCACAGAGGUUACGGAGAGAUAUGAGGCGCCUAAGCAUAUCUCAUGGGGUACGCUACGAUCGGAAGUCAUGCAGAUGGCAGAAGCCUUGAGGAGCGUUGGAGUGCGACAGGGAGACCGCGUUGCUGUUGUAUCCGGCAACUCGAUCAACAGUGUGAAAGUCUUCCUUGGGAUAACUGCAUUAGGUGGCAUCUUCAGUAGCUCCUCUACAGACAUGGGAGUCGCAAGUAUUCUCGACCGAUUGGUGCAGUUGAGGCCGAAGUUCAUCUUCUGCGACGACGCAGCUGUUUACAACGGGAAAACCAUUGACCUGCGAGAGAAGAUCAAAGGUAUCAUAGAAGGGCUAUCUGGCAUCCAAGAGUUCGAAGGAGUCGUGGUCAUGCCACGAUUCAUUGCGAAAUCUUAUGACUUAAGUAAUGUUCCACGCAGUACUUCCCUUUCCAAGUUUCUUGGGCGGAGGAACAGCUCGGCGGAAACUGCGAGAUUUCAGUUCACCCGAGUGGCAUUCCAGGAUCCUUUCAUCAUUGUCUACUCAUCCGGCACAACUGGAUCGCCAAAAUGCAUUGCACACUCGGUCGGAGGGGUGCUUCUGAACACUGCAAUCCACAAUCAACUGCACAUCGACCAAGGCCCUGGGGAUACUGUACUCCAAUUUACGACAACAGGAUGGAUCAUGUACCUACUUACCACAGUUCAUCUCAUACACGGAGCACGACUUGUUCUUUACGAUGGGAGCCCGUUCUAUCCUAAUACGAUGUCAUACCUCGAGUUGAUCAGCCGGGAGAAGGUGACGAUGUUAGGAACAUCACCGAAAUGGAUAGGGGAAGUUAAGAAACAAGGCAUUGUCCCGAAAGAUCUGGUAGACAUGUCCUCUAUUCGAACCCUUGCUUCGACAGGAAUGAUGUUGCCGGAUGCGCUAUUUCGAUGGAUAUACCAGAAAGGAUUUCCACCGUCGGUUUAUCUAGAGAAUGUCAGUGGUGGGACUGAUAUUGCGGGAGCCUUUGCAUGCGGCAAUUCUAUCACGCCUGUAUAUGUUGGUGGAAUGCAAGGUCCUCAGCUUGGUAUGGCAGUCACAGUCUUUGAGGAGGAGGAAGGUGUAAGGCUGAAUGGAAGACUCGCACAAUCGGGAACUCCGGGCGAGCUCGUCGUAACAAAACUUUUCCCAAACAUGCCGACUUCAUUCUGGGGCCCCGACGCGAAGGAGAAAUACUUCAAGUCCUAUUUCGAGAAGUUCAACCAUGUUUGGACGCAAGGCGACAAUGUGCUUAUGAUUCCUGGAACGCGUAGGCUCAUCUUCGUGGGGCGGUCUGAUGGAGUUCUCAAUCCGGCUGGCAUCAGAUUUGGAUCCUCUGAGAUCUAUACUAUCAUCGAACAGAAGUUCCCUCAGGUAUCUGAUUCGAUUGCCGUGGGACAAAAACGUCCACAGGAUAGUGACGAGCGAGUUCUGCUUUUCCUAAAGAUGCAAGACGGAGAGGAGUUCACACCGAAAGUGGUGGCUGACAUCGGAAGCGUGAUUUCCAAAGCUCUGAGCCCAAGGCAUGUACCGGCCUUCAUCUUCGAGACUCCCGAUAUUCCGACGACGAUCAAUCUCAAGAAAGUCGAGCUUCCUGUCAAGAAGAUCUUGUCCGGGAAGGCCUUCCAGCCAAGCUCGACUUUGGCUAAUCCUGAGAGUCUGAAGUUCUUUUACCAGUUCAUAGAUAUCGAGAAGAUGGCUCCUCCAAAAAGCAAGCUGUGAAAGCUGUACCUAGGCGUUUGACGGUUUGAAGCACCAAUGUAGACUGUAUCAUUUUGCAUAUGGCGUUUUAUAAUUAUUGAUGUUUUAUAUUAUCCUAG